GCUGUCAAGACAGAACCGAAGGAGGAAGCAGAGUCAGAGUCAGACUGCGACGGGGACCAGGAAGAGAUUCCAAAUGGCACAGGCGCCGAUGGGCAACCACGUAUGGAGGACCCAGCUCAAUAUUUGAUGAAUUCUUUGGAAGACUUCUUGGAAGAGGGUGCGGCCGCGAAGCUUCUACAAAUGAUUGAAGACAAGAAAAGCGACUGCAUUGAUGUGUUCAAGAAGCUCUCAAUGACACCGGAUCAGGCCGUUGCCAAGGCAAGAGCCAAGGCAGCUUCUAAGGCCAAAAAAGCUGGCACUGAACCGGAUCAUGUCGAUGAACGUGAGGUGAAGAAGCUCCACAAUUGUGAGGUCAGGAACGUGAAGCAGCAGCUGGCUGCCAGUUCACAAGCACUUGUUCGCGAUCUUGUCAUUCGGAUUGAGAAGGACAAUAUGAUCAAGAAGGCCAUUUCCACCGGGAAGCUUGAGCCAGAACUUUUGGAAAUGCAAGGGAUCCCGAUGCAUAGCGACGCCUUGAAGGCUUGUGGUAUUUCACAAAGGUUCUUUGAUGUGGGCCUGAUCACGCCAUCUGCGCAGAAGAGACUUGCUGGCAACUCCUUCCAGCAAGGAUGUAUGUCUGCCUUCAUUUGCUUUGCAUUGUCCUUCGUGAAGCCCGCUGCGGACCUUGACGAGGCAGAGAAACAGGCAGCCCAUGCAGCCAUGCGCCAGGCUUCUUCUCAGGGCCCGGACCAUCACUUUUUGGACGAAGAGGCGGAGGAGGAGUGA